UGGACUUUCAUUAGUUUGGUAAUACCUAAGUGAGUCUGAUUCUUGAUACUGAAAACCAUUUAUACGAUAAAUUCUUGACAAACAAAAUUUUCAUAUAAUUUUUCAUUUUGAUUGCUAUUGAUCAUUUUGGCAAUGAAUGUUGUCAAAUUUUUUUGUCCGUGAUGUAAUUGGUUAUAUCGAUUUUAUAUGGAAGUAUGUCGAUUGUUGUUGAUCUUGAAAAUAAAAUACACCGAGUGUUAGGACGUAAAACCAACAACUUCAGUUUUAUUGAAAAAGGCUACACAUUAUAAUGUUGGAAAAUAAAGGGCAUUAUUUGCGCAUGCCCCAUUCAUCGGAGGGAGAAAAUAUUUCAUUCACUAACUCCACUCUAUUCUAUAUCAUGUAAUCGGUGCACACAAAAUUUUAUUUGUAGUUCAUUGAUAAACUUUGUACAAAACACUUCCAUGCUUUUAUGCAAUUAGUAUAUAAGUUAAAACUAUCCAGCUACAAGUGUCAGUUUAGUAGGACUAAAUUUACUAAUUUUAAUCUGUAACAAUUUACAAUAUGGAAAGAACACAGUCGACUGAAUUUGCUGAAAAUAUCGAUUUUACAAUAAAUGGCGAGACUGACACUGCAACUGUAAUUAAUUCCAGCAUUGAAACCAACUGCAAUAAUAACACAAAAGUGAAAUCAAAUCAACCAGUGAAUGUUGUACCAGAACUGGAACAAACAUCACAACCGGACGACGAAACUUACGAUGAGCACCAAUCACUAAACGAAUCGUUAGAAAAUAUCAAAAAGCAGACCCUGCAGUUCGAGAGUAUUUUAACGCAGAAGGAGAAUGUGAUAAAUCUUCAGCGGCGUGAAUUGGAAGUGGUGGAAAAGGAAAAAUCAGCAUUGAAGCGCGAAUUGGAUGCUUCGAGGAAGGACAAGGAAAGUGCAGUCGUUCGGUAUGCUAUGGUCGAGAAGAAUAUAAUCGAUUUGAGAAAUUCCAACGAUGUGACGAAUCGCCGGCUUAGGGAAUUGCAGAAAGAGGUGGAGUCGCUUACAGCCCGUUUAAAGUUUGUCAACAAUGAAAAGGAACGGGCUGGAAAAGAUUUGAAGAAAUCGUACAAUGAAUGCGAAGGACUAAAGAAUGAGUUGAUCAAUGUGGAGAGUAAAUUUAAGUUGAAUCAAACGAAAAUGAAACAAGACUCCGCAGCGAAAGCCGCUUUAGAGAUUCGAGUUAACGAAUUGACGCAACAAUUAGCUCAACUUACUGAAAAUCGUCAACAGUGCUUGGACAUUGUUAGAAGUGAAGAAAAAGAAACCGAGGCGCAGGUAAUACUUUUGAAACAUUCGUGUGAAGAAAAGGAGAAGGAAAAGAAUUCCUUGAUGACGAAAGUCGUUCAGCUGACAGCAAAUCUCGAUGAUGUUCGACAGAAGCUAGAGCGGGUCUCGACAGACCAUGAAAAGCUCUUAACCGAUAACGCAGUAAACGUGGAAAAGUUGCAACAAUAUGAACAGGUAAACGCCGAACAAAGCAGAGAGAUUGAGCUUCUUACGGUGAAACUAGCAGAGGCCGAAAUUUGGCUGGAAGAUCAACAGAAAAUCAUCGAAAAUAAUCAGAACGUAUUGACGGAGAUGGCUGAGAUAAAAGAAAAUUUCCAGGAACAAAUGAUUGAAAUUGACAAAGUUCGACUAAAGGAGGAAAGCUUGCUAACGUUCAUCAAAGACCUAACCGAGAAGAGUGUUGAAUUGGAGAAUAAAUUGCUGCUGUCCAAUUCUAAAGCAUCAGCCCUUGUCUUAGAGAAUGAGAAAAUAAAGAAAGUCUAUGACGAUCACAGGCAAAUUUUGAUAGAAUUGGAAGAGGAAAUUGUAAUUUGCCGCCAAAAACAUAAAGAGGAACUGGACGAAAUGAACGAAUUGAUUCAUUCCCAAAAGCGUGACAACGAGUCACUGCGCGAAAAAUUGGACUAUGCGUUGGGCGAUUUGGACGCUACGAAACGGAAACAUUCCCAAAUCGUCAAAGAGCUCAACCGAGAGGUGACUUCGCUGCACGAAAAAUUGGAUCCGAAAUAUCGGGAAGUUCUCAAUCAGUCUGCUCGAGACGAAGUAAAGGAACCGUCAAAAAAGGCUUUAAUUGAUAGAAUCGUUAAACUUCAACGUAUCUUAGCUAGACAAACGGAAAAAAUUGAAUUUUUGGAAAAUCAUUGCGCAGCAUUGAUUAAUGAAUUGAAGAGCAAAUCGUAAUGUUACAGUGGCGGGUAAAUAAUGUUUCGUUUUUUUUUUGUUAAAAUCGAUCGAUGAAAGGAGUGUUACGUUUGGAUAAAACCGGAAAUGUAAUUUCGUUUAUUAAACUUGAUUCGAAGUAAAAAUUUGUAUGUUUUUCAACGUGAUACUACUCUUUGUAAUGCAGCCAAAAAGGCUUUAUUAGCGAAUGAGAGUUUUCCACCACGAGCCGGAUCCGAGAUAAGCAGAUUUUCUUUUCCAAUUCUUGAUGAGGUUCCUUUAUUUUAACAUCAACGGAUUUUCUACGAUUCCGUAUUUCCGGUGAGAUAAUACACUUAGAGCUACCCUCGUUAGGCGGCAAUAGGAUGGCUUAUUGUGCGAAAAUAGUAGUAUAAGGUCAAAUGUUUUGCGUAUCAGCUAUAAUGUAACAGUAUAACAUACGCUAAAACCGUAGUAUAAUGAGGGACUGAUUCAUGUGGAAUGGACACUGGACAACUUAUUGUUACCGAGUCUACUACUUGAUUUGAUAAAUUUCAAAUGUUUUUACAUGUACAUGUAUUCACUAGAACCUCAGCUAGAAUCAAUUAGUUAAUCGUUUAUAUUUGUCGCCUUUGUCGACAACACUUGGUGCAAAGGUCAGAAGAUUCACUUCAUCUCUUCUAACUUCGUUCAUUUUAUGAAAUAUUUCGCGACGCUUACAUUACACUAGACGUAAAA